AGGAGCCCGCCUCUGAGGGCUGCGUGCGAGUCUUCCAGUUGCGAGUCUAUGGGCUGGCGAGUGAGCAGCGCCGGAAACUUGGUGGAAAGUUCCGAGAAGCUCCUUCGGCGCGUCCGUCGGCCUCGCCCGCAGCUCUUUUGCCUUCGCCACGCCGCGAAGCGAAGCGGUGGCGACCAUGUCCGGUUCCUCCAAUGUAGCGGCCAUGAGGAAGGUGGUGCAGCAGUUGCGCCUCGAGGCCAGCGUGAGCCGCGUGAAGGUUUCAGAAGCUGCUGCUGACUUAAAGCAGUUUUGUCUGCAGCAUGCACAGCAUGAUCCUUUACUAACAGGGGUUUCGUCAAGUACAAAUCCAUUUAGACCACAAAAAGUUUGUUCAUUUCUCUGAUUUGGUGAUCUUUAUUGAAUUGUUUAAUGAUCUAGCAACUUUUCACAGCUGUUGAUGGAUGUGAUGAAUAUAGAAGUGAACCAGUGUGGCUUGGAAGCUGUAAAGGAACUUUGCAUUAACGUGCCAAUUUAGAGAUAGUAACAUUUCUACUGUUGUCAAAACUCUUACAAUCUACCUCUCUAAACACAUUGUAUGCUGGCUGCAGUAACUUCUGUAUCUUGAGGGAAUCAAUUUUAUAUUCAAGCAAUAAAUAGUUGACUAAAUGACAAUAA